UCAAAACGUUUAGACGUUUUCUUACUUUUCUUGUCUGUGGCUGUUGCUGAUUAUGGCUGAUCGGGAGAAGUUGUGUCAGCAAACUCCACUUUAUUUUUAGUUUUGAAAAAAUAUUUAUCAAGCAACUAGUGUGUGUGUUUUCACGUGAUAAGUGCAACAGUAGUCGUUUAAUUAUAGUGCAAGUGUUCCAAUCGUGUUGUGUUAUAGUGCAUCGCGAUCUAUUAUUAGGUUUUUUUUAGUCUUAAAUUUCGCGUUAUGUUCCAUAUUUGAUUUGUAAGCAACCGUGGCGGUCAAUAUGGGGCAGAGUCCGAGUUCGAUGAGGAGUAAGAGCGGUCGGCGCUCAUUCCGAGGGUUUGCUCGGCGGCACAAAAUGAAUAAAUCCAGUUUGAGCCAUACAUUCAGUUUGCCGCCGUCGGAGGAGUACCCGGAGCUGAUGAAUGUGAACACGGCCACGGAGGAGCAGCUGAUGACCCUGCCCGGGGUGAACCGGCAGCUCGCGCGCGCCAUAGUGCUGCACAGACAGAUGAUCGGCCGCUUCAAGCGCGUCGACGACCUUGCCUUAGUCUCAGGUAUAGGAGCCGAGAAAUUAGAGCUGCUUAGACCAGAAAUAUCAAUUAGCAACCGCAAACAAGUUUCAAGAGCGAGCUCCUGCUCUCAAUCGUUAGACAGCGUCCGAGUCUCAGUAGAAAGCAAGCUUUGUUCCGUUAAUUCUUCCAGUGUUUUCCAAUUGCAAUGUGUGCCCGGUUUGAACCAAGAGAUAGCAGCAAACAUAGUAGACUACCGGAACAAGAAGGGACCAUUCAAGUCGCUAGAUGACUUAAUAAAAGUCCGGGGAAUGGAUGUUGUGAGGCUGAGCACUGUAAAGCAACACCUAAGUCUAGAGCUAAGAAAAUGCGAAAGUCUACAGCAUCUGACCAACGGACAUGUAAAUGGUUGCUCAGAUGAAACAUUAGCUAAAUCACUUUUAAAUGGUGUCUCCAGUACACCAAAGACGCCUCAUAGAAAAAGCUUAUCAAUGCCAAAUAAACUGCCUAUGACUUUACCGAAUGGUUUUGCAACGGCACCUGUAAAUGAUAUCCUAGAUCUGCUGUCAGCAUAUUCGCACAGACCAAUAGUUGAAGAGGAUUUUAAAUAUGAGCGGGAUGGGAUCAAAUGCUGUAGGAUAGCUUCGUGGAAUUUACAUCAGCUUGACGUUGAUAAGAUAACAAAUCCGGGCGUCAGAGAGGUCAUAUGCAGGACAAUUUUGGAAAACAAAUUGUCCCUCAUAGCAAUCCAAGACGUCCUGGACGCGGCGGCUCUGAAGAUCCUUUGCGACGAGCUGAACUCGCCCUCGCUGCGAAGAGUUAGGGAGUGGAAGAGCAAUAGUCACAGAUGGGAGUACUGCAUAGCUGACCAGUUAGAUAGUAAAAAGUUGGGUUUCCUCUUCGAUUCAUCCAACAAAGGUAUAACGAUAGAGGAUAUACCCCUGGACCAAGUGUGCCUUCUUAGCGAAGCGAGCGAGAUCCGGCCGCUCGUCAGCGAGCUGGCAACGUUGCGGAGCGAGCGAUAUGUCACUGAACCACAAGCGUUCCUGCUCUCCGGGCGGCCAACAGUCAUCCUCAACGUAGUGUGCCACAACCGACUGUCAACGGAGGACGUGGAGCAUCUAGAGAGGGUCGUCAAGAUGGCCGACCGGUGCCGGCUGCCGCUGGCGUUGGCUGGCGAGUUCUGCUGCUGGAGCAACGUGCAGACUCUCGAAUGCUGCGAGCCGCUCCUAGACGAAGGCCUAUCCACCACCAUAGACAACAAGUACUCCGGCCAGAGCUGCAUCCUCUCAGGUACCGACAAGGCCACCUUCAACGGUCACUUUGGGGCCAUCAAAUCUGGCCUCAGCCACCUCGCGAUCCCCCGCGGCUGGUCGUGGGGCGGCCCGGCCUCGCCCUACUGUCCCAUAUGGGCAGAGAUUAAAAUCCCCGAUUGACAGGAAUCGAGGCUGAUCUGUUGUGUAUCUUCGAUUCUGUUCUUCCUGCACUGUCUCCUUCUGGUGGUGUUGCACAUGUUCUGUUUUAAUAGUCACGUGUUUUAGUAGUUAAUUUGGAACAGAUAUUCAUUGUAGAAGGUUUGUAAUUAAAUUACUAAAAUCGUGCCUCCCAGUUUGAGAGAUGUAGAAUGUAGAUGACGCUGUAAGAUUUCAUGCUAAGGCCUUCAGCAUACGGCAUUACACGCCUCUAUUGUUAGAGCGUUAGAGUGCGUGUUCAGAUAUUGUGAACACCAUGGCCGCCCCGAUGUAUCUGAUGGCGCCUGUACGGAGGUGCACAGCAUUUUUAAGCAUUACAACUUUUCUACAAUCAAUAGCUGUUUGAUUUGUUAGGCGGAUUGUUUGAAUCCCACUUCUAUCCAUUGAAUUGUUAAAUAUGAUAUCUUCCUUUUUAAGUCCCCAAUAGAUAUACAGCCGAUUUAUACUAGCAACAUAUUGAUGUCAUUAAUCACUUUCAGUAAAUCUGAACUUUUAUUGUACCAUGCACUAUGUUAUAUUUAAGAUGUUUUAAGAUUGUGACUGGAAUAUAACUUUAAUUAAUAAGAAUAAUAAAUUGUCAAUUUGUUCAAAUCGACUCAUUCAUUUCACAUGGAGCACUUGUUAAGUUAUUCACCUAUAUGUGGCUUUCCAGCACAGAAAGGGUCCUUAAGUUAUAAGUUAAAUAAGAACCUUGUUAUCUGAAAUUUCUACAGAGAUUCUGACAAAAAGAUACUUAUUGCAUAUGAAGCAUACGGUCCCUUCUCUGAUGAAAAGACACAUGUUUACUAUUAUUUUGGGAUCAAACAUAUUUUUUGCACCGAAGUUAAAGAUGUUUUAUAUUUUAACAAAUUUCACUGUAAAAUGUAGAUGAAAUAUUAUUUAUCCAAAAUGGUGAUUUACUACGUGAUUGUAUAAUUUAAUUUUCGUAUUUUUAAGUUUUCCUUUGGUGUUAGGUAUUAUUUUAAUGUUUUACUGAGUUUUUUUUUCUGUACUUAGGAAUUAUAAAGAGGAAUGUACUAGUGAAAUGAAUUUGCGUCCUUUAGCGUUGAUACUACCGAUGUAUAUAAUCAUAAAUUUAAUUAUGUACAUUACUAAAAAUAAGCAGAUGCUUGUAUAUACGCGAAGUAUUUUUUAAAACUAUUGCAAACUAGUAGGUAUUUGUGUAUUUAAGCCAAUGCUACUCUUAGUGAACCUAUACAGAUGUAGUUCAUAAUAAUUUACGCACACGUCACGCAAGCUGUGUGCCGUCUCUCAUAAGGAACUGUAUAUUACAACGCGCACGUGCACAUCUACGCAUGCGGUGUGCACGGGCCAUUAUUGUGGACUUUUCUGAACGUAGGUAUUUCGAAGUCAUUUCACUUUAAACGUCAAACUUCUAUGAAAUUAUGACGUAUACAUAGUUAACACUUGCACUGCGUGGGCUAUCAAAUCUGCUGCAGACUUUGUUUGGUGCGACUAUACUUACUUUUUGUACCGAGACUGACUGAAAUAGCAAGACACGUUCGUACGUUUCCGUGAAAUACGAUGGAAAAUAAUUAUGCACUACAUCUGUACACUUGUCUAUUUUGUUUAUUUAUUUAUUACAUGUACACGUUUUGCAAGUGAAAAUGUCGUUUUCUGAUACUCAUAUUUAUUUCCAGUAUUUACAGUUAUUUAUUUAAGAAGGAUAAUAAAUAGUAACUAUCGCUAACUCGUAGCACUUUUUAACAUUGCAAGUUGUAUCUUAUUGUCAUUGGUAUCAUUCUCAAUAUCUAAUGGCUCCUCU